AUGGAGAUGAACAGCUUCUCGCAAGAAAACAACGACUUGGAGGCCGGAACUAGGGAUAUUGCCGUUCAGAGCAUCAGCCGUUGGAGGCGAGCAGCAGUUGUGCUAUUUGCUUCUCGUCGAUUUUUGCAAAUCGUAUACUUGAAAAAGGAAGGAGAAAAAGAGCAGGCUUCAAGCAAAGUCCAUGCACAUGCUGCUGUACAAGCUGAACACGCUUUAGCAACAGAGGCUGGAGAAGAAGUGAUAGUGAAUAAUCCACAGAGACGAACCGGUACUACUGGUGAUUUUGGAAUUGGACGAGAGGAACUUGAUGCCUUAAUAACUAAGAAGGAUGAUGUUGGUUGCCUGGAACAAUAUGGGGGGAUCGAAAUGUUAGAAAGCAAAUUGAAACCGAAUUUAAAAGAUGGGAUUAACGGGGAAGAUGCUGAUGUGCUGAAACGGAAAAGUGUUUUCGGAGCAAACACAUAUACCCCGGAAAAAUCAACGAGCUUCUUGACGUGUCUUUGGGAAGCAUGUCAUCAAGAUAUUUCUCUGAUCAUUUUCAUAGUAGUUGCAGUGGCUUCUUCAGUGAUGGGUCUAGUGACAAAGGUGAGCCUCGAUGGGCCGUACUUCCAAGUAUUUUCAUGACAGUAGGAUGUUAGUAUAAAGAAAAAUCGGAAUUAGCUCUUCUUUUUUUUUUUUUUGGUUCGACAAGAAAUCACUAUUACAGAGAGGAUCCCAAACCCUAGAGGAUCCUCGGACACUCUUGUUUAUGUAAAAAGUAAUGAAGAAGGAAAAUUACAAACAUGAAUCACCGGUAACUAUAUUGGUAACUAUGUUGGCCUCUUGAUAAAUAUGAUAUACAGUAGAAUUGGAGAGUUGAGAGAGAAUUGCAAUUGAGUCAUGCUGUCUGUACGUAUAUCUUUCUUUUGUUGACUAGAUCGUAACUGGUUUGAAUAGGACUAGAUCCCUUCUUGUCAACUUCCAAUCAAAGUAUCAAAACCUUUAAAAAUAAAAUAAAA